UCCGGCAACGGUCGUACCAAUUUUGUCGUCUUUCAUAAUUUCAAGAUCAGGAGUUAUAUAUCUUAAAUUUUGAGCACACGGUUGUCCCCACCGUAUGUUGGCCAUCUUGGACAAGGGGCAGGGUUGUGCCACUGCCCACUGCUUACAUAAUGUCCAUGUCACUGGGCCGCGAGAUCCGGAAAUUGGUCAACAGCAGGCGGCACUUCCUGCUUUUUCGUCGAUCGUUGAACCAAGAUCUGACCACUGCGCUGAGACCCUUUUACUUCGCUGUGCAUCCGGACUUCUUUGCCCAACAUCCUGAGCAGAGGAACACCAACGAGAACUCCCUAAAAUUACUUAGCGAGCACCUGGAGGCCUUGUAUGAACGCAGGCAACGAAGUGACACACAGGUGCUCAAGUUUUAUGUGCGGACCAGUUCGGAUGCCGACAAGCGGGACUCUUUCAAGCUCAUCCAGAUUAGAACGGACUGGCAGAGCACACGGGAUCCGAAGACAUUUAUUCAGGGCCUCUUGGAGUCCUGCAACCUUUCCACGGAGUAUGUGAAAAACAUCAAGACACAGCCCGUGCUGCCAAAGGGUUCAGGCUUAGAUAUUAAGCCAAGUCAGGACUAUCAUUACGAUGUAGAGUUUGCCGAAUUUGAAUCUCAGUUAAAGAAUGAGCGUGCAAGCAAACGUCCGGUUCUGACCACCUGGCUGGAGGAGAAUGCCAGCAUAGCCAAACAGCGCUCGAAAGAAACUGCAGACCUGCAGGCUGAGAUAGACAAGCUGCAAAAAGUGCUGGUCAAGAAGUUGGGGCUAAAGGAUGCCCGAUAUGAGUGCGGCUGGAACAUAGAGCACUACCGUGGUUGUCUGAAGACCCUGGAGAGGUUGUCUAAUACACAUUUAGUGGAAAUGGCCCCCCUCAAGGGUCGGAUUGUGGUAUUUGCUCCAUUCACAGGCAUCAGCCUAGAGGGCCAUGUGAUGUUAUUUACCGGUGACGUGCUCAACACCUGGAUUGAUUUCAUCAAGAACAUUCCGCAUCAUGAUGCCUAUUUAAAGGUUGUGCCCGUUUAUGAACGGACGCUUUCUCAAGUUCUACUAGAAAUACAAAUUGGGCGACGCAAGUUUAUGCCCAAGCAACAGGCCAGAGGCUAUGCAAGCUACCUCAUGAAGGUGACAACUUCGCUUAACGAUUACAUAGGCAAACAAAAAUUUCCGGCAGAAUGGCCGAAAACGCUCAAGGAGUUCACCAUUGUAGUAGAAUCGGAGGCGGGUCCUCUGAUGGUGAGCCCAACGGGUCAGUUCAUUACACCAGCCACCUGCCCUGGCUCCAUACUCGUUGACUUUAUCAGCGUAAAUAUGGAACUGGCCAGGGAGCGAAUGAAGAAAUAUGCGCAGGACAAGCAUGUCGAGCAGGAGUUAAUAGACUCGUGUAUUAAGCAGCUACAGCUACAAUCUCUGACCAAAGACGACGCCGUCACCCCAGACAAGAUGAUAACAGCCCUUAGAGACUUAUCCCAGCUGCACGUUGUGGAACUGCAGGAAGGAAAGUUGCAUAUCACCCACUACUAUUCGGUACUGACCGAUGGGGUUGUGUGCAUACCCUGGGAUUUUCAGCAGAGGUAGUUCGAUUUUCUCAUGUGCCUUAUUAGUCAAAAUAAACAUAGUAAUAAUUUAUAA